AUAAAGCAGUUACUCCUUAACAUUACCAACAACACUGUGUACUGAAAAAGCUGUGAGAAAAGGAUUCAUAAAAUCUUUCCCUCAUUUAUGUCUCACAAACCCUAGAAAUUAACGAUACCCCCAAACCCUACCAGAGAAGAAAGAAAAAAUCUCUUUAUUUAGGAGAACACACAAAGUUGAAAUUGUUGCAAAACAAAUUGAAAAGAAAGAAGAAGAAAAAGUUUGAUUGAAUUGGAGGUAAAGAUGUUUGUGGAAAAGGAAGAUUUAGGAUUAAGUUUGAGUUUAUGUUCAUCAACAUCAACAACAACAGCAGAUAAUAGAUAUCCAUUACAACUAAAUCUAAUGCCUCCUUCUGCUGCUUCAGUCUCUAAUAAUCCUUCACCAUUUUUGAUUCAUCAUCAGAAGACAAACAGUAUUACUAAUUGGAAUGAAGCUUUCGGAUCAUCUGAUCGGAUUACAGCGGAGAUGUACAGAGGAGAAACAAGAUCAUUUUUAAGAGGAAUUGAUGUGAACAGAAUGCCAUCAACAACAGCAACAAUAGAUUGUGAAGAAGAGGUAGGAGUUUCAUCACCAAAUAGUACAGUUUCGAGUAUAAGUGGGAAUAAAAGAAGAAGUAUCGAAAGAGAUACCAUAAAUUGCUCUGGUGGUGAUGGUGAAGAUAAUGAAAUCGAAAGAGCUUCUUCUCGAAGCGGUGGUAAUGGAGGAGGAAUGAAUAGUGACGAUGAAGACGGUGAGAAUUCAAGGAAAAAACUGAGACUCUCUAGAGAUCAAUCUGCCAUUCUUGAAGAAACAUUCAAAGAGCACAACACUCUCAAUCCAAAACAAAAACUGGCAUUAGCAAAGCAAUUGAAUCUUAGACCUAGACAAGUGGAAGUUUGGUUUCAGAACAGAAGGGCAAGGACCAAGUUGAAACAAACUGAAGUUGAUUGCGAAUUCCUGAAGAGAUGUUGUGAAAAUUUGACAGAGGAGAAUAGAAGAUUACAGAAAGAAGUUCAAGAACUGAGGGCAUUGAAAUUGUCCCCACAGUUUUACAUGCAAAUGACACCGCCAACGACUCUCACUAUGUGUCCAUCUUGUGAACGUGUUGCAGUCUCAGCUUCAACAAAUGCAUCAGCGGCAGGAUCUACCCCAGCUGUUCCAGCACCAUCAGUUGCUGCUGAAGCUGCUCACCAUCGACACCACCAGCAAAUGAGCGCACAGCAAAGAGCAUUGCCCACCAAUCCUUGGUCCCAAACUCCUGUUGUCUCUAGAAGAUGAAUAGUUUAGUUAAUUGUUGUUAGGAUCUAGGAGAUUAGUCUUUAUUUUAGUUUUAUCUCCUUUUUGGUUUUAUUGGCCUCUUUAUUUAAGCUUGUGACUCCUUUCGGUUUUCCAUUACUUUUUGGAGGAAUUCCAAAGUUUGCUAGUGAAAGGAAAUAGAUGAAAAAAACCCCAACUCUUUUUUGUCAUAUGGAGAAUAGGUUUGGGAUGUAAAUUUUUUUCAAACUGAUGUUCUGAAGUUUGAGUUAAUUUCUAAUCCAAUGAAAAGGAAAAAAAAAAUACAAAAAAUACAGUAAAAACUCUUUUAAUUAA